AUGCCCAAGAAGGGGGUAAAUGGUUCCCUGAGAAUCAAGGCACCCAAGAAGCCGCAGGCACCCAAGGCUAUUUACUCUGCAGAGCGCGAUGCGGAAUUUCAGUCGCACGCGGAGCGGGAGAUAUUCGACCAGUGGUUUGGUGGCGAUUUUGGCAGUGUCGCCGACCCCGACGCGGAGAAGAAUGCCGACGCGGACGGGGAGGACGGAGGAGCGGGAGGAGGAGGAGGAGCAAACCAGCCCGAGUUUCAGGAUUCUCCCGCCAAGCGCAUCCGCACGUCGCGGGAGUCGUACGUGGCGAGGGCGCCGCCCAAGCAGGUCGCCGUGACCGAGGAGCUGGUCGAUUCCAUGGAGUCGUAUGUCUUUGAUAUGCAGGAUAUUCUCGACUCGCUGGGCCUGACACAGAACGAGCCAGAGGUGCCGCCAAGCGUGGCCGCCGCCCUGGCCAACCCGGCCGCGGUCAAGACGGACAAGCGCAACGUCGGAACCAAGUUGCCCAAGGCCGACGUCGACGAGGUCCGGGCCCGCAUACUGUCCAACCAGAUCAUGCGGGACAUGACGGCCUGGCACGACGAGCUCUGCGAGCAGUGGAAAGAAGACCCGACGCGCAUCGACGAUCUGACUAGGGACAUGGAGCCAAAUUUGGGCGACAUUUACGACCUGAGCCAGAUCCCCAGCGAGAUUGCCCUGCUCGAGGCUUUCAAGAUGGCGACACUGUUUGCGUAUCACUGCAUCAGUCUGCUACACACUGCCAAGAUAACAAAAUGGCAGCAGAUCAAGGACGUCCUCCGCCUACUCGAGCCCACUGAUCUCCUGGCCAAGCACUGCGCCCUCAAGCUAUGGAAGAACAAUUGGCAUCUGACUGUUGGGUGGGAGAGGAUCCUUAAAGAGCUCCGAGCCGACCUUGCAGACGCAAAGGAAUGGUAUAGCGAGUCCGACUACAUGCGCCGCACCAUUGAGUUUGUUGGCAAGAUAUGA